CACCUCCUGCGCGAGCCAGUCCGACGUUACCUCUGCAGAGGAAAACGCAAUGGAGCCCUGAAUAUUUGGCAAUUCCAUCUCAUUUGACCCCAGGAAAAACAGCACUCGUAUCCAAAAUACGGCUUCAUCUGCUAUUUAUUUGAGGCUUAACAGGGCGGUGCAACAAUGUGGAUCCAGAUUCGCACUAUAGACGGGAAGGAGACGCGAACCGUUGAGGAUCUUUCGAGAUUGACCAAAAUUGAGUCUUUACGGUUGAAAAUACAGGAGAUCUUCAGUGUAAGCCCACCACAGCAGCGCCUAUUCUAUCGUGGAAAGCAGAUGGAAGAUGGCCAGACGCUGUUUGACUACAGCGUGGGACUCAACGACAUCGUCCAGCUGCUGAUUCGCUCACAGGCCGACGCUCCGGACAGCCCUGCCGCCAAGGACUCCUCCGGCGUGGCCUGCGGUUCGGGCCCCCCCUCUGACUCCAGGUCAGAAAGCCGCAACUCGCCAGCUCCCGCCUCCCCCGUUGCUAUGGAAACCUCCACCAACACAGACAAUGACGGUAGCAGCGUCACCACCGGCAGCGUUAACGAAACCAAGCCGGACGCCGGCGCCACCAGUAACUCGGCCAGUACCAAAAAUGGGUUCAAGUCCUCUAGUCCGGCGUCGGACACCCAGCCGCCCACAUCCAGCAGAAACACACUCGUCAACCCAGGAAUUGGUGUGUACAAGAUUAAUGAGCUGGUGGACUGCAGAGACGUCAGCAUCGGUGCCUGGUUUGAGGCCUGCCUCGAAAAUGUGACACGCGCUCCCAAAGGACAGAUAACGCCCACCAAGGGCAAGGUGGGUCGGCCCCCAAAAAGGACUAAUGGAAAGCUGGAGGCCGAUCAGGGACAGGCCUACAGCCAGGGCCAAACCACAGACAGUAACAGGAAUAAUGUUGUGUUAGGCUCUGAGAGUAAUGGAGCCUCCACGUCUCAGACGGACUCUCCAGCAGCUACAGAGACCAAGGAGAGAGAAGAGGAUGUAAUUUACCACAUUAAAUACGACGACUACCCAGAGAACGGUGUGGUGGAGAUGCGGCCGGUGCAUGUGAGGCCACGCGCCAGGACCCUUCUGCGGUGGGACGAGCUCCAGGUGGGCAUGCAUGUGAUGGUCAACUACAAUAUGGAGACACCGGAUGAGAGGGGCUUCUGGUUCGACGCCGUGGUUCAGACCGUCAACCAAGCCUCCCGCACCAACAAGGAGCUCAGAGUCAAGAUCCUCCUGGGGGGUCCUGGAGAUGUAAUCGGGGAUUGUAAAGUUCAUUUUCUGGAUGAAAUCUACCAGGUGGAGACACCCGGAGCUCGUGCACUUUCGGCUUCAGAUGGACAAUUUAAACGGAAGAGCGGGCCGGAGUGUAAGCACUGCAAGGCUGACCCUGAAGCGGAGUGUCGCUUCUGCUCCUGCUGUGUGUGCGGCGGGAAGCAGGAUGCCCACAUGCAGCUGCUGUGUGACGAGUGUAACAUGGCGUUCCACAUCUACUGCCUCAACCCGCCGCUGGCCACCAUCCCAGACGAUGAGGACUGGUACUGUCCCACCUGUAAGAACGACACCAGUGAGGUUGUGAAGGCAGGAGAGAAGCUCAAAGCCAGCAAGAAGAAAGCCAAGAUGCCUUCGGCAACAACUGAGAGUCAAAGGGACUGGGGAAAGGGUAUGGCCUGUGUGGGGCGUACCAAGGAGUGCACAAUUGUUCCAUCAAACCACUAUGGACCCAUACCCGGGGUUCCUGUUGGAACCACCUGGAAAUUCAGAGUUCAGGUGAGCGAGGCAGGCGUCCACAGGCCGCAUGUUGGUGGUAUCCACGGGCGCAGUAAUGAUGGCUCCUAUUCGCUGGUGUUGGCCGGGGGCUUUGAGGACGAAGUGGACCGGGGAGAUGAGUUCACCUACACAGGCAGUGGGGGCCGUGACCUCUCAGGGAACAAACGGAUCGGAGAGCACUCUUUUGACCAGACCCUGACACACAUGAACAGGGCGUUGGCCUCAAACUGCGAUGCACCUCUGAAUGACAAAGACGGGGCUGAGUCCAGGAACUGGCGGGCAGGAAAGCCGGUGAGAGUGGUGCGCAGCUCCAAAGGUCGACGCAUCAGCAAAUACGCUCCUGAGGAGGGAAAUCGCUACGAUGGUAUUUACAAGGUGGUUAAGUACUGGCCAGAGAUCGGAAAGUGUGGUUACCUGGUGUGGCGGUACCUACUGAGACGGGACGAUUUGGAACCGGCACCUUGGACACCUGAAGGACUAGAGAGGAUCAAAAAACUGGGCCUUUCUGUUCAGUACCCGCCCGGCUACUUGGCAGCCAUGGCUAACAAAACAAAGAAGGAGGCCUGUGCCCGACCUGGUCGCGGCGGCCGGGGUAAGCACUAUCCCGGGAGGGGGAGGCCACGGAGACGCAAGAUCAAGAAAGAAGAGAAUGAUGAGGAAGAUGAAGACGAGCUGCCAAUGGCAAGUGUGGAAGAAGAGGAGCCACAGAGUAAUGGAGAGGAGAAGACAGCCAGAGAGAGUGCAGAGUCGUCACCAGCGGCAGAGCCUCCCUCUAAAAGGGUGAAGAUAGAAGAGACUUUCCAGCUGUCGGAGCAGCAGCAGCAGUUGAUCGGGGAGGACACAGCCAACAAGAAACUCUGGGAUGAAGCCAUGGGAUACCUUAAAGAGGGAGCGAAUUUUCUGCAGAAGAUGGAGGAGAUCUUCAUGUGUGUGUGCUGCCAGGAGCUGGCCUUCCAACCCAUCACCACCGCCUGCUCACACAAUGUUUGCAAGACUUGUCUACAGCGGUCGUUCCGAGCAACGGUGUACACCUGCCCCGCCUGCCGUCAUGACUUGGGCAAAGACUACGUCAUGUCCCAAAACGUGACGCUUCAGGUGCUGCUUGACCAGUUCUAUCCCGGCUACAGCAAGGGCCGAUGAGGUCGAAAGUCACGUUUAUAAGUAGACCACGUACCCACGCGCACACGAGCAUCCAUUCUGUGCACCCGUGUAUACCGUCAAGUACCUAGAGCUCCACUUUAAAACUGCAUUGCGCACACACACUGUACUUACCCACGGGCAAAUGUAUAUUGCAUAUACAGCGAUUUAUGUAUACAAUCAUUCAUACACAAACAACCUCAGUAGGGACUGACCUCAUCUGUUAAACCUGGACUGUCUCCAUUAACAUCACCAGCCUGAAAUUCAACCAAGGACAUUUUCUUUUUGUUAUCCUCGCUACUCCUGCCCACACAAAUGCACACGAACGCACAAAAGGAGCCCCGAUUCUCACCCACUAGCCAUCUCAAGGUUAGCUUACUCUUUUGCUUACCCCUCCACUGUGUUCUCCGCUGGUUCUAUGAAUUGACAUACAGCACUUUGUUUGAGUGCAAAAUUCUCCCCUGGGAAUAUCAUGAAAUCAGACUCCUGCCAACCUAUAAGCAUUUUUUGUGUACCAUGUAUGUAUUUACACCAAAAAAAAAACAGAACUUAGCUGCUUCAUAUAUGUGCAGUAUCGUACUCAGCUCGCGAAUAAAGGUGCUAGUUUAAUACAGUGAUUUAGGCACAGCAGGACGUAACAUUCAGAAUGAGCAAGUAGGUCAUGGGACUGAGAAUUGGCGGUUAUGGCAAGCUAAAAUUAGGAAAGUGCACAAUGUCUUUGACGCACUUCAUCGAUAACGUGACUCAUUCUGCAGGUUAAUCUGGUGCACAUGCUAGCAUUCUGCGAGCUGCUCGUGUCACGUGGAAUAAUGGCAUUGCCGUACCAUAGAAUAGCAAAUGUCUUGCUAGAGGUACUUUCAGCUCAUUCGCAGAGAACAAAUUAGCAACUUUGGCAAGAGAUUUCUGGGUCCAACAAAGCAGCACUCUUACAUACUUAGCGAACGCAACAAUGAUCAACAGGCACAACUCUCUCAGAUUUAAUGUGGAGUCAAAUCUUCAUAAACAUACCAAAGACGUGAGGCUGUAGAGCAGCUCAUUCAGAAAUCUCCUUCAAAGAAAGUCAUUUCUGAUGAGUAAUCGCGCCUAAAAAUAAAAUGCACUUGUGAAGUAUCGAACAGGACCAUAACAAAUGAUCAUCUUUCUUUGGCAAGGCACUUUUUGUUUCCAUUUCCAAGCAGCUAGAAAUGCAUGUACAAGAUAAACAAACGCAUUCUAUUAGAAAUCUCUCAUAAACCUCUUGACACUUAAAAUGAUAUAUAUAAUACAUUUAUAAAUGUUCUGACUAAACUGUCCGCGUACAUUAGAUUCAGUCCAUCUGUAGGACAAGAGUGCCUUGUAGCACAGACUAUCAACAACUGUUAGGUUUGCAUCAGAUGCCCGGUCACUUUCCCCAAUGUUGCUAACUUAUUAUUUUUUUAGAAAUCUACUGAUUUAUGUAAUUUUAGUCUUUUAGGCAAAAAUAUUGUUCGGUUGCUUGUGUUUAGAUAAUGUUUAAUAGUUGAGAACUUCUUUUGUUAAAUGGGGAAAAAGGUUGAUAUUCCUCAAAGUUGAGUAUCAUAAAGGUUUUAUUGGCACUGAAAAAUGUAAACAAUACCCAUCCCAACAUGGCACUUUUCAAUUCUUUUAGAGGUUUUCAAUAGAGCAUCUGAGAGAGUUCACUGGUAUAUAUGAGAAGGACACGGUAGGUUUGUGAAUACACCAUUGAAUGUUUCAGUAUACUUGCAUACAACAUAACAUUGAAUAUAUUAACUAGAAGGACACUCCGAGAGUGCAGACCUCCACCAAGGCCAUUUCCAUAAGUGAAAAAGAAUGCGUGUAUCAGCCCCGAUAUUCGGAUCUGUUCCAAAAUGUAAUGGGUUCUUCCUUGGCCCAGGCUAAACCCAUGUCAUGAAAAUCGGACCAGUAGUCUUUCUGUAAUCCUGCUGACAAACAGACAAACAAACCAACAAACUGAACUGAAAACACUUGGCGGAGUUAAAAUAUGUUAAUGUAAUGUUUGAAUUAUGUCCAUCACUGCACCCUAUAGUCAGAAGUUUAAAUCUAAAAGGCCAGAAAGUCAGCAAACAUUUUAGAGUAGAUCAGGUCUGAUUGUUGUUUGUGUGAAUAUGUAGAUCUUAAAUACGUAAAUACAGGAACAGAAUUCUUGACGCAGAAAGUUGGGAGUUUUUUUAGGUCAUUUUUUUAAAUGCUGCAUAACACAGUACAUGUUUAUAUGUAAAAGUAGGGUCCUGGCCUGGGAUAGUGAUGUUGUUUUUUAAUGGCUUUAUGAGUUUUCUGCUCGCAAUAGUAGGACAGAUGUGAAUGUUUUCACAUGUCAAUCAUCAUUCAACCAGUUUGAGAGAGCAAGAUCUGUGUGGAUUCAUCAUCAGGUCUAAUAUAAUAAUACAAAUAAGGAUUGAAUGACAGCUGUGAAUUGGAUACAAACAAAAAGUUAUCCUUAAACACUACUUUUUUUAUGCUUAACUUUUCUUAUAUGUUCCCAUCCAGUAGAUUCAGCCUCACCAAUGAGAAACUGCCCCCUCCAUAUCUAUGAAAACGAACUGGGACGCUUCACAUAAAUUACAACAUAAGAAUAUCAAGGAAGACCAGUCAGUUAUAGUCUUACGGAAUAUAUUAUUUCCCAAAUAGUUUGACAAUUUCUUUUUUGUUCUAUUUUUUUAGUUGCUGCUCCGUAGUCCCACAUGGUAAUAAUGUCAUGUAACAAGUGAACAUAUAGAAGCUUAUUGUUCACUUGUGAGGAUGUACGCUGCACCCACACACACUCUGUUAUCUUCCCGUUUUAAAUGUUUUAUCUGACACACCAUCGCAUACAUUAUACAUAUAUUACACAGCCAGAGUUAAAAAUGGCCUCUUUUUUUUUUUUAUCUUGAGCGGCUGACACAGAUUAACAUCUUUCAUAGUGCUGAUACGGUACUAAAAUGUCCAGGGUUGGCAGGUCUGAUAAGCACUUAAAGCAAAAAUAGCAGCACAGUCUCCGCACUGAUCCGUGAUCUGGCCUGAGGUCGGAGUGAAUUCCAGAUAAUGCACCUGGAAUGGUUUUCGACACUUGAGUUGUUUUUUUGCGGGAAAACGUAGCCCUCGUUCAUCGACAUCAUCUUGUUCACCUGUAACUCUGAGGCGUAGCCGUGUUUAGUGUAGAGCCGACGACCGAUGACGCGCUGCUGUACACAUCAGUUGCUCCGUUGACAUUCAGGCCGCCUUUCAUUGGCCGGCCGUUUCUUCGUUUUGUGGUGAUGUCCUUGUUUCUGUUCAGUCAUUCAGGAUUUUGUUCUCUUUUUAUCAACAACAUGCAAGUACAAAUGCUUCUAUGGUCUUUUUAAAGCUAACUGUGAUGUGCAUUACUUCCACUGUUGCUCAAAUCUUGUUCCAAGAUUAUUUUCUCCCUGCGUUGACCUAAUAGUCCUCGUUUCUUCCUCUGCUGUGACCCGUCUCUCUCUCCCCUCUCUGCGCUGUCCUCUGCCCUCCGUGAACCUACAGUACUAACAAUUUUUAGACGUCUUGUGGACGCUUGGCUUCAGUGCUGUGUUGUUUUUAUUUUUAUUGCACUCUAUUGAAGAAAAAAAACGUUUGAAAAGUUGCAUUUAAUUUUCCUAGAAUGCUUACUAUUAUCUAUGUCUGUGCGCCAUUUUUCUACCAUUUUAGUUGCUUCUCUUUCUAUUUUAAUCAUUAGUCAUUUUUAUGUGGCGACCUCAAACAUUUGCAGCAUAAUGCUGGUCUGAGGAGUUUCAUUGCUUCAUAUUGUGAUCUGAAAUUUUAUACAUGUCAUAAUAAUACUUGAUAUGUACCUAUUAAAUAUUUGGAUUCCAAAAAAAAAC